ACGUUCCGCUGAAGAAGUAAUUGUACUCUUCCAGACUGCAUUAAGUCUUCACCGCUUCUCAAGUGUAGACGCUCUGGUCCUAACCAGAUAAUAAUACAUGUCUAGAUACGAUACUUCAGCACGUGCUGAGUGGAGGUAUAAACCAGACCCCACUCCCAGCUCGGUUUCGGAAACAGACCACCUGGUAAUGCAGUUAAUCGAACUGACUGUCCCCCUGCCUGUGGUUACAAAGAAGGAAACACAGAUGACUCGUGAGGCUAAAGGCCCUUGUUGCUCGUGCACAUGCAGAAACAGGUGCUUAGGUCCCCUCACCUUCCACCCCGAAUUCAAGGGACAACGUGUGGAGCUGAGCGCAGGAGACUGCCGCGCCACCAGAAACCUGCUAACGUUUCGCCACGGUGUGACCUUCAGCAGCCGGCCGAUUCAAAUCAAUGAGAAAGUGCACCUGUGUGUGGAGCGCUGCGUGAAAGCAUGGCACGGUGCGCUCCGGAUCGGCUUCACCACCGUCCCGCCUUGCUCAACACCCAUAUUUUCUCUCGCCAUCCCUGACCUCACCAUCCGACCGGGAUUCUGGGCGACCCCGGUACCGGAGAAUCUCUGCUUUCCAGGCACUAAGCUGACUUUCUGGGUGACGAGCGGUGGAUACCUGCGCUUUCAGAUAGGUGACUUGUAUGAACGUGCAGAAAAGAUGUCGCAGAUAAAUACCAGCAAGCCAAUCUGGGCUAUGAUUGACCUGUACGGCCAGACCAGCACUGUCUGCUUACUAGGCUCAGAGAAGAAGUUUUUUUGCGGGAAACGCCGUUCCUGCUCUGCCCCUAUAAUCGGGGCUACAGAGAUGAACAUUGGCUAUGACCAGGUUCCUGAAGAGAUGCUUUGGAAGAGGACGGUUUCAAAAAUUCCAGACUUUAUUCCUCCGACGGUAUCAGACAAUGAAGAGCUCUGUGUAGUGUGCUACUCCAAGACAGCCAGCAUUGUCCUGAAGUGCGGCCACUCCUGUUUGUGCGCUCAAUGUUCUGUCAGGAUCAUCAAUGACUUUGGGACGUGCCCGUUGUGCCGCCAGUACAUUUGAAGACCAUGUUAAGAAACAGCCCAUGUUAAGAAAGUGAUGUAUAAAUGUGCAAAUGUUAAAAUGCUGUAUUAUAUUUGAAUGUAAGUAUUUUGUACAUCAUGUGUAAAUAAAUAAUGCUAAUAAUAAAUCAAUCUA